UAUGAUACUUUCUCGCUGUCCUUCCCUCUGUCUCCACACCUGGGAAGGCCACACCCCAGCUUGAGAACUGCUUUGCUUCAAACUCGACUCCACCAGUCAACAGGACAGUAUUUCUGUGGAGGGGGGCCCUGAAGUCUGAGCCAGGCCAUGGAGGCCUCUGUGCUGAGCCCCACGUCCUGGGAGAAACGGCGGGCCUGGCUGCGUCAGAGCCGUAACUGGCAGACCCAGGUCCUUGAAGAGGAGGCUGCAGCCGCAUUGCAGAGCGUCCCUGAUCCUGAGCCUUCUGGCCUGGAUGAUGUUUUCCAAGAAGCAAACCCAAUCAAUAAGAUUGAAGACUGGCUGCAGGACUGUGGAUACUCUGAAGAAGGACUUUCUGAGGAAGCAGGACAGUCGAUCUACAAUGGGUGUUCCAGCUUUGAAGAUGAUUUGACUCUCGGAGCAGAGGCCACACUGCUGGCCGCCAAUGGAAAACUCUUCUCCAGGAGUUUCCUGGAGGCAGCCAGGCCUUGCCAGCUACUCAAUCUUGGCUGCAGUUUGGCUUCCAGCAGCAUGACUGGGGGAACCAACAAGACUAGUUCAAGCAUCUCCGAGAUUCUGGACAAGGUGCAGGAAGAUGCAGAAGAUGUCCUCUUUAGUCUGGGCUUUGGCCAAGAGAACCAAAAAGGCACUUCACGGAUCCCUGCUCGAUUUUUCACCAACCCCUCCCAGGCCAAGGGCAUUGACUUCCAGCUCUUCCUGAAGGCCCAGGUGCGGAGGAUUGAGAUGGAGGACCCCUGCCUCAUGCUGGCCAGUAGGUUUAAACAAGUGCAAACAUUGGCUGUCACUGCUGAUGCCUUCUUCUGUCUCUACUCCUAUGUGUCUAAAACACCUAUCCAAAAGUUCACACCAUCCCACAUGUUCUGGAAUUGCAAUCCAACUGAUAUGCCAUCCAUCAGGAUUCUGUCCCCAGAGCCUGAACCCCACUCACCCAGAGAGCGUCUCCGGAAAGCCAUCUCCAAAAUGUGCCUUUACACGUGUCCCCGAAGUCGGCUACCAGUACCCCAGAACACCCCUAAAAGGAACAGUUUGGACCAAGUUGUAUGGGAAGUGAUGGACAGAGUGAGGGGAGAGAAGCAGGUACUCCAGCAAGACUCUGAGUUUGGGCAAGCCCCACAGGAAGAUCCUGUGCCCCCCAUUGAGAGUACAAAGCUGCCCCCUUCUCCCUCUCCAUGUGUUCUCUGUUCUAAAGAGGAAACACAGCAGGGGAUGUCUACAGAGCAAGCACCAGCACAAACUCUGCAUUCUAACCCUAAAGCCCCUUGUUGCACACAUUCUCUGCCCAGAGGAGAUGACCAGUGGAGCACAGACUCAGCACAGUUAAGGAAAGAGCUGUGGAGUCUACAGGCCACCAAUAUGGAAGUUCAUUCAGCCAAAGAUGAAACUUUCUGGAAAAGAAAGAGCAGAGCAAGAAAGAGUCUCUUCCAGAAUAAUCCUAUGGGCAGGAAGGUUAAGUCAUUGGACCUGUCUAUCACCCAGCAGAAAUGGAAGCAGAGCAUAGACAGACCAGAGCUGCAUCGAUUUUUAACCCAGCAAGACAUUUCUGACUUGGAGAAGAUGCAAAGCAACAGUGAAGAGGAGCAGAGCUACUGGCCCAGUAGAUCCAGAAACCUCCACCUCUAUCAGGCUUUUGCUGACAAAGACUCAUGAAAUCGUAUGUAUGCACUCAGUCACUGACUAAAGAGGUAACUGUCAGAAGGCAACAAUAUGUUCUACGUACUUUAAGAAGUUUAAGAUGGUUCCAGUUUCUGAUUUGGCUUGUAAGAAGCUGGAAGUCACCAUUUCAUCCAAACAAGUAAAAAGCUGAACAAACUGAAAAAAUCAUAACUCUUCUUAGACCCAUCAGAGAAGUGGGAUCACAACAAACCAUUUCCCCCCAAAUUAAAGAAACAGACAAGUAAAUACAGAGAUUCAUGAUUCGGAGAAAAACCCCAAAGCACAAACCCUCCCAAAAAACAGUGCCAUAGUAGAGAAAUCUGGACUAUCAUUGAUGCAUUGCUGGAUGAUCUCAAAAUGGACCAGUCUGAGUGAUGAAAACUCCAGAGGGACCCAGUUAUGGGGAGCUUCUUGCCUUUCUAGGUUUCACCUCUGGAAGCACAAUCAAAUUCUCAUGGCAAAGACUAAAAAAGUCCCAUGGUGUUUCCUGCAGGGGAAGGGGCAAAGAAUCAAUUUUGAAAUAUGCCAGAGCACUCUAGUCUUCCUAACAAAGUCUACCCUCAGGAAAAACUAGUUACCAAGAACCUAACCUACUGGGGUUUUAUCAAAGAUUAAUUGAUAAAGGGAAAGGAAAGCACCAGCUCCAGCCCACUCUAGCCAUCCUGUCCCACCUAAGGAGAAAGGAGGACUGAGAAGCAUAUGUCAAGUUUGCAAUCCAGAGACUCAGGUUCACUAGAAGACUGAGACCUAGACCUGGAACUAUGUAACACUACCCCACUGCUUACCACCAUAUUACUAAAGGUUUGUUUGUAUCAGUUCCUUUUACCCAGUACAUCAUGUUCAACUAUCAAGAAAAAAGUACAAGACAUGCUAAAAGGCAAAUACACAGCUUUGAAGAGACAGAGCAAGCAUCAAAACCAGACUCAGACAGGAAAGGGAUAUUAGAAUUAGCAGAGUUGGAAACUCAAAACAACUGUGAUUAAGAUGCUAAGAACUCUCAUGGAUAAAGACGGUAUGCAAAAGCAAAUAAGCAAUGUAGGCAGAGAGGCAGAGUCCAUCAUAUUUGGUGAUCUAUCACAGAAACAAAGAACAGAGUACCAUAUGUUCUCGCUCAUAAGCGGAACUUGAACAAUUA